AUGAGUGACAAUUCUUCAUCACUAUCAACGAAAGAAACGAGAGAGGAAGAGAGCCGUCAAUCCCUUCAUUCUUUAUCAGAGUCAUUGUUCAAUCUCUGCAGUCUAGAAACCCUUGAAACCAAUACACACUUUCAAAAGAUCAUUGAAAACACAUCCGUCCAAUUCAAAGAAUGUCAAUUUCCUGACAAUGAAUAUCACAAGAAAGGCAUCGUAGAUAUUUGUUUUUGGAUCUCACUCUGCUUUCCAUAUGCUUCAUUAGAGCAUCUUCAACUAUUUGCUUCACUUCUCGCUUAUCUUAGCGUUGUGGAUGAUGCCUGCGAUCAAGAGAAGGAUUGUACUGGAGAAUUAAGAGACGAACUAGAAUCACAUAUUGAAUUGUUAGCCACCCUUUAUCCUUCUAUUCCUAUCACGGACAAGAAUCGAACAACCAUAACAUCACAACCAGAAACCCUGUUGUUAAGUCCAACAACAGAUGCAACACUAGCUCUCCAUAUCACAACACCAGCUGAUUCUCCUUGCGAUUAUUGUGCAUUGACCAGUCCAAAUGCAGACUCUACCAAUACAGAUCCAGUGACAACAUCCCCAAUUCAAGCUUCGGCUGAAGUUGUCACAGCUUCAAGUGUGUUAUCAAGCACCAUUUUACAUCAUUCAUCCUCAGCGAUAGGGGCUUCACGAAGUCGUACAAAACAACACAGUACUGUCACAUCUACUUUCAACCCAUCUUUGGAGCUUGGAAAGAAAGUCCUUUUACAGUGUUAUUCAGAGUUAACGUCAUCCGUUUGUCAGUCAUCAAGGACAAGUUUCGAGAUUGAUCAUUUCGAGAAUGUUAGAUCCAUCAUGAUGGAAACAUUCGAGAACAAUGUUUGGAUGGCAAAGUUGUGGGUGAAGGACUCGAGUCCAUCAGUAAGAGAGUACUUGAAAAUGAGAGAAAGUGAUUCAUUAGCGAAAGUUUUAAUGUAUUUUGGUUUUUUGAUUGCUGUCGGAAGGAAUGAAGAAAACACACGAAUGGAUCAAGUCGUUGUUGCCAGUACAAGCUCAAACAUGUUUGAGGACCUCAGAAAGAGUGAGUUCUAUAAUGAUGCUGUCAAAGCAUGCAUUCUUGUCAACGACGUUUGUUCCUAUCCUAAAGAUUUGAAAUGUGGAAUUAAGAACAAUUAUAUCUCUCUGUGGAUGAAAGAGCAUGAAGGAUCAAAUUUGGAGGACAGCAUCAUGAAUUGCCUUUCAGAGCUUGUAAAAUGUAUGGAAAGCAUGAAUCGACAAUUGGAAGAGCUGUCGUCAAAGAAAGAUGAAGAAGAAUUUCUCAUGUAUGACAUCUACAAGAACUUUCAGAGUGUUGCCAUUGGUUACAUGGGAUGGUGUUUAAAAUCUCCUCGAUUCAAACAUGAAAAUCAUCCACUGCCUUCAUUACAAAAGAAGCCAAAGAUCAUACUUACAAACAAAGAGCAACUCGUCGAUGAAACAACUCCAAUCAUUACCACGCCAUCUUUUUCACCAGUAACCUAUUUGGAUGUUAUACGACAUGAAAAACGAAAGAAACAAUUGUUACAUCCACAUUCUUUCAUUACCAUCGAAAUUCGGGAUGAUUCCUUGUCGGACGGCAAAGUGACCACUCUCUCAACCAAUAACAAUUAUUGCAGUGAUGACGAAGUAUUUGAAUCCAUACCAGAGGUUGCCUUUCAACAACAAUCCUCUCAACACUCUCACACAUCUGUAAGUACCAUACCCAUCGACGAAAUAGUCUCAAUAGAAUUGAUCAAACGAAAAGAACAUGAAGUAGUGAAUGUGACCGAUUUAAGGAAAAGCGAACUCGUGUAUAAUCACGUUCUCAAUGGUGUUCCUCUGCUCAUGAUGGUGUUUCAUUACUUUGGUGUUCUCUCUUGGUGGCAGGUGUUUCUAGUUCAACAAUAUUGUACGAUCUUGUGGACUCUUUCUUUACACACAGUGUUGCAUGCCUGUGCAAAGUUUGAUGUUGUUUCUGAGGUGUUGAUUGGCCUUGGUACUUUUGGUCAGUUUUUCACUCUCUCAAUUGCCAA